UCAUGACAUUCGUGGAAAAUUAUAUGGAGAAUUCAGCCAGGAUGCGACGGAGGUCAUGCUACAGAAAUUAUCAAAAAUAAAAACUGAUAAUAAUGAUUCUCUCAUAUAUGAAAUCGGUGAUGAUGGGAAACCAAUUGUUGAGGUGAUGACCCCAUUCAUGAAACGUGUGCAUCGAAAGAUCAAUCAUUCGUCAGAGAUUGUAUUUAUGGAUUCGACUGGUGGGUUUGAUUCUCUACAGCAUCGCGUGUUUAUUUUGAUGACGCAUUCGUAUAUGGGUGCCUUACCUCUAGGCCUUGUGAUUACUACUACCGAAAAAGCGGACUCCAUUGCCAAAGGACUACGAUUACUGUUGAAAUUAAUGUCUCCUGAUGAAGUAUUUUAUGGUAAAAAAACACCAGCAAUGAUCUUGACAGAUAAUUCAGCCGCUGAACGAUCCGCUCUGAGAUCUGUCUUCCCAGGAGCGAUUCUGCUAUUAUGUAUUUUUCAUAUACUCCAAGCGGUUUGGCGGUACUUAUGGAAAGCAGAAAACCAUGUUGAGAAAUCCGAUAAAAAUAAUUUAUUCAACAUGUUUAAGAAGUUAUUGUACUCCAAGACAGAAGCUGAUUUGAAUGCUCAGUAUAAAUUUAUUAUUGAUCACAAGGUAACUCAGAAAUACCCAAAAGUUCUGAACUAUUACAUGGAGUUAUGGGCUCAGAAAGCAGAUUGGGCGUUAUGUUUUCGAAAUACUUUACUGACUCGCCAGAAUAAUACCAACAACUACGCUGAAGCUACCAUGCGAGUUCUAAAGGACAAAAUAUUUCACCGAACACGUGCUUACAAUAUUAUUCAACUGAUCGACUUCCUUGUAACAAAAAUUGAUCCUUAUUAUGAAAGAAAAUUGUUGAAUUUUGCAGCUGGAAGAAAUAUUCAGACUCAUUUACAAGCUCGUUAUUCCUUGGAUGUUUUAAACAAGAAAGCAGAAAGUUUCGAAAUCCAUGGUAGUCAAGAUAAUGAUGCAGUGUUCAAAGUGAAAAAUUUGACAAAAAAUACUGAAUAUGUCGUAAAUCUUGAGUUGGAGAUGUGUACGUGCUUUGUUGGAAAUACUGGCGGCCCUUGUAAACAUCAAGCUGCAGUUUUGGUUGAAAAAAAAUCGAAUACUAUGAAUUUCUUUGUUGGAGAUGAAGAUCAACGGCGAUUUAUACACGAGCUUGCAACAGGGAAGACUGUUCCAUCAAACUUCUAUGCAAAGCUGUCUGACUUACCAUCAGAUAAUCAACAACAAGUUGAAGUUCUCCCAGUGGUUGGCGAAAAACGAAGUACAGAUACAGAAGAACAAAUGGAUAUUGAUUGCAGUGUUAGUACUACCUCCGCGCCAAUACUUGCAGUUCCCACAUUACGUGAUAUUACUAACAUCACUACUGCUACACCUUCAACUACAGCUACUGCAAUCAACAUUGAUGAUGAUGAUGAUGACGCCGAUGAUGAGCUUUUUAUGCCAACUUUCGAUGUACAAUUGAAGAAAUUUUGCAACACUUUAACUCAGUUCAGUAAAAGUGAAGAAGGCGCAACAGCAUGUAAGCAAUUUUUCAACAAUUUUUCGCAUUUGAAAACUUCAUCAUCAUUAUCGCAUGCCCUGUGCACCUUUGGCAAAGAUGGAAAAAUUAAGCCAAGAUUGCGAGGAUCGACUAUCAGUGUACAACCUACUUCGAAAUGUCGUCGAUUGCGAACACUAGGUGGAAAUGCUCCUAUCGUUAAAGGGAGGCCUCCGAAAAAAAUCGAGUUAAAGGAAAACGUCAAUUUUGCUACCCAAUCUCAACACGAUUAUUUACGUACUUCGAGAAAAAAAAAAGCACCCCACUGUUUGGCGUUUUGUGUGCAGGAGAACAUGGGGUUGCCGGCAACUUAAGUUUAUUGCAUUUUUUUGCUACGCUUUUAAACCUAAGUUUUAAGUUUAUAUUAUCCAAAUAUAGAAAACCAAACCAUUAUAUAUUUAGAUAUAAGGUUACCACGUAAUUAAUGUGUAAUUCGUACCAUUGUUAGCGAUGUUGAUUAUUAUGUUAUCCGAAUACAGAAAACCAUUAUAUAUUUAGAUAUAAGGUUACCAUGUAAUUAAUGUGUAAUGCAUACCAUUGUUAGCGAUGUUGAUUAUUGAAUAAA